AUGUACAACACUGUGGUAACUGGAAUAAGACAGAGGGUAGUGGCAGGACCCUUCCUGUUCAAUUUUGCCAUCGACGACAUUAUGCGAAGAACAGUAGAUCAGUGUCCUGCCGAUAUCAUUCUAGCACCAUCAGGACACCCUUUGAGUGAUCUCGAGUACGCUGACGAUUUUGUUAUAUUCGCAGAAAGCGGUACGAAACUUCAACAUGUUGUCAUCCUUGUAUUGAAGCUGGCUGCAGCCUAUGUACUACGUCUACGCCCUGAUAAGUGUGAGCAUAUGUGGAUCUCUUCGAGACCUCGAACGGGAAUCAGUGUGGACGGACAACCGAUAGAACUCGUUGAUGAGUUCUGUUACCUGGGCUCUACGCUUAAGAACAACGGCAGCUACGAGAGAGAUGUUCAGCAAAGAUGCGUUAAGGCCACUUCUACAUUUAACUCCUUAACGAGAUGCCUGUUGUCGACCCCCAUCACCAACGGAGUCAAGCUGCGAAUCUACCUAUCCGCAAUUCGCCCCAUCAUGAUGCACGGAUCGGAGACUUGGGCAGCACCAUCAACGGUUAUGGAGAGGCUUGACUGCACAGAACGAAAGCUGCUUAGACGGCUACUUGGCUACUUUUGGCCUAGUGUAUGUCACAAUGAAGAUCUUUACGCAGAAUUUGAUGUGGUAUACCGGCAGAUGACACGUGGAAGAUAUCAACAUCUUGUACCGCCAUCGAAAGUGGCUAAAGUAAAUCGUCUUCCCUUCUUUGGUCAUAUAUUGAGGACACCGGCGGAUCGCCUUGUUCAACGAGUUCUGAGGAGUUUGUCGGGUUCAUGA